AACAACAUCAGGGUCCAGUAGUGGUCUCGGGAGGCGAUACUUCUAGUUUACCUCUCGUACUUCUAUCUACUCUCUUUGUACAUAUCCCACCCACCAUGCAUUUCUCAGAAGAAGCGUGCUGCACCUGCGCCACCCUGCUGGCCUCCAUCCCUCCUACAUAUGACGAGAAGACCGAGAAGCCAGCCCGCUAUGAGCGCCGCCUUGAAUGCUGCGGUCGUGCCAUAUGCGCCCGUUGCAUGACGGAUAACCUGCGCUUCGCAUCUUACUGUCCCUUCUGCCAGAUCUCCUCGGCCCCUUCCGUCAUUCCUCAAGGCCUCCGCGAGCCACCGGCAUAUUCGCCACCUGCUUCUCCUAGACCAGCACAUGCAAUCUUAGCACCAGUUGGCAUGGACGAAAGACCACCUGCUUACUCGAAGCAUGAUCCGGUCCAGCCUCCGCCAGAAAAGUCACAGAAGCCGGCUCCAGAUGUGCUCCACUUUGUCAACCAGGAUGAGGAUUCCAUACUAAAUUUAUCACUGAGAUAUGGAGUACCAGCCGACGCAUUGCGGCGAACAAACAAACUAUUCGCGGACCAUUUGCUGAUUGGUCGAAAGGCCAUCCUCAUACCAGGAGAGUACUACAAGGGAGGUGUUAGUCUAAGCCCAAGGCCGGUCGAAGGAGAGGAAGAAGAAGCGCGGAAAGCGAAAGUGCGGAGAUGGAUGGUUGCUUGCAAAGUUGCCGAAUAUGACAUCGCAUUGUUGUAUCUGGAACAAGCCGACUAUAACCUAGACACUGCUAUAGAGGCGUACAAGGCUGACGAGCGGUGGGAAAUGGAACACCCUAUGGUUGGACCAUCCAAAGGCAAGAACAAGGCGUCUGCCAAGCCCAAAAAGAGCAAGUGGUCGAUCGGUGGCAGUAUCACGGGGCAACUGUAGAUGAUCUGAUGAGACAUCACGGAUAGAGUUAUGUGGGGUUUUGUUUCAGUAGGGUCAGUAGCGAUGAACUAGCGGAUAUAAGCAUUACAUGGUUGGUUCCUUGAAGUUUCCGGUCCGUUACAUGGCGGCUGUAUGCGUGCUAGAUGGGUAUGGGCGCGAAAAUCCCAGUACAUGAGUAGAACGGGUAUCUUGCAUGGAGACGACUUACCUCAAACG